AUGGGCAAGGGAGAGAAGAAGGCCAAGGGCAGCUCCUCCAAGGAGCCAGCCACCCGCGACUACACCAUCCACUUGCACAAGCACAUGCAGAAGAUCUCCUUCAAGAAGCGUGCCCCUCGAGCCGUACGGGUGGUUCGCCAGUUUGCCAACAAGGUGAUGAUGACCAAGGAUGUUCGCAUCGACACCAAGCUCAACAAAUUCCUGUGGAGCAACGGCAUCCGCAACGUCCCUCGCCGUGUCCGCGUAAGGCUCUCGCGAAAACGCAGCGAGGACGAGGAUGCGAAGGAGAAGAUGUUCACUCUGGUGCAACACGUUCCCGUGGAAAGCUUCAAGGGACUGCAGACAGAGAAUGUCAGGGAUGAGUGA